AUGUCUCCAGCUGCAUUCAUACUACAAGAGCCAGCCCCUCAACUGCACCCUCUGAGCCUGGCAUUGGAUGCCAUGCCAAAGACUCUCUUGAUGCCCCUGGAGUGGUUCAAGGGACUAGAGAUUCUCUAUUACACAGCAACCACAGAUCCUUAUAUGCAAUAUCUACAAGCAGUGAGGAGAGUUUCCCUGCUGAGUUAUAUGUCAGAAAUCAGAGUAUCAACAGCAAAAGAAAUUGAAUGGAAGUCAUCAGAACAGAUGACUUCUACUUCAGAAAUAAUAGUAGCAAGGAGUGAAAAUUCUAGCAGCAGGCAGCCUAAGAGGCUGAGUCAGGACAGAGACUUACCAAGUAUUUGUGGAAACCUUGGAGGCAACAAGGAAGGAAUUGACCUCAUCAGAGACCUCAAACAGGUUCUGAAUAGAUAUUGCAAAGCAGUGGCAGCAGAAGCAGCAAGGAAUGAAACCCUUGAAGAGCAGCAAUGA